AUGCUUCCACGCCCCCGCUCAGCGGCCAAGACGCUGGUUACCCCGAUCGUGACUGCCGGAACCACUGGCCGGAUCCGGAAACGAUCUGCUCGGCUCCAGGCCCGCACCAAACCAGGGCCGGGAGCGCGCAAGGGGAAUGCCUCGAUGCCACCCCGGUCCCUGGGAUUGGAGUGUCACCUUGCCGAGUCAGCGGAGACGAUGCCGCACGAGUCUAGACUACCAAAAGCCUCACCGUCCAUGUACCACAUCCAAGUGUGUACUACUACAGCAGGCGGGUGCGUGCAGAAACGGGAAGCCUGUCCGGGCUCUCAGUCAGGCCCCCUCUCCAACGCCGCCUCCUUCCUUGUCCGGAACGGGAGGCUCCCACCAAUGGCAGCCAGCCACCAGCAUCGGGCCCUUCUGGCCGCCUUCUAG